CGCACAGAGUAGAAAGGCCAAGGCUACCCCAGCAAAAGAGGAGACUGUCUGUCUAUACCUCUGCAAACAUGUCUGAAGUAGCCUGCAUUGGUACUUCCAGUUCCAGGGCUCUGAUGAUCACACUCCUGGCGGCGGUCCUCCUGUCAGUCGCUGCCCCUGGAGCCGAGGCGGCUCGUGCAUUCCUCGUGUUUGGGGACUCGCUUGUCGACAGCGGCAACAACAACUACUUGGCCACCACUGCACGCGCUGACAAUCCCCCGAACGGCAUCGACUACCCUACCCACAGGGCCACCGGGCGGUUCUCGAAUGGCCUGAACCUCGCGGACAUUAUAAGUGAGAAACUCGGAGCAGAAGCCACGUUGCCAUACCUAAGCCCUCAACUGACCGGACAAAAGCUGCUUGUCGGCGCCAAUUUCGCUUCGGCCGGGAUCGGAAUCCUCAACGACACUGGAAUUCAAUUCCUCAACAUCAUAAGGAUCUUCAGGCAACUGCAAUUGUUUCAGCAGUACCAGCAGAGGUUGGGCGCCCUCAUUGGCCCGGCUGCGGCGAAGCAGCGAGUGAACCAAGCCCUUGUCCUCAUUGUCCUCGGCGGCAAUGACUGGGUCAAUAACUACUUCUUGACACCCGUAUCCGCGAGAUCGCGCCAAUUUACCAUCCCACAGUAUUCUCAGUAUCUCGUUUCUGAGUACAAGAAAAUUCUCAGGAGGCUUUACGACCUUGGGGCUCGGAGGGUUCUGGUCACUGGCACGGGGCCGUUGGGCUGCGUCCCGGCCGAGUUAGCCAUGAGGGGGAGCAGGAACGGGGAAUGCGCCCCCCGGCUGCAGGAGGCGGCCAGGAUAUUCAACCCGGAGCUUGCCCAGAUGCUUAAGCAGCUCAACAGCGAGAUCGGCUCCGAAGUGUUCAUCUCCGCCAAUGCCUUCAAAAUGAACAUGGACUUCAUCAGCGAUCCCGGCAGAUAUGGUUUCAAGACCUCGAAAAUAGCAUGCUGCGGACUGGGCCCCUAUAACGGGUUGGGGACAUGCAACGCAGCGGCGAACUUGUGCCGUGAUCGGAAGGCAUACGUGUUCUGGGAUCCAUUCCACCCGACGGAGCGUGCGAAUCGGAUCAUAGUUGACCAAAUCUUCAAGGGGACAACUGAGUACAUGAACCCAAUGAACCUUAGCACCAUCAUGGCCAUGGAUUCUCGCACUUGAUGGCGACAGCUCUCCCCGGAUCUUGGAUCUUUGUUCGACCCGAUUAGCUUAUUCUUCUCGUGAUUGUGGAAGUCCAAUAUGCAAGAAGGUCUAGUUCUCUAGUGUGUGCCCUUUUCCAUUUAGCUUUGUUUUCUUCUUGUUCUUUGUUCGGGUUGGGAAUGAGUUGAAGUGUACCUUAAAUGCGGCCGAGCUUUGCUUCCUCGAAUAACGCCGCAUCGUCCAUCGUGCUCCUCUAGCUUAUGUAUGCCAACUUGUUUAAAUAGAAUUUUGAGAAAAAUCGCGAUCGAGCAAAUAUACUUUUA